UGGAGGAUUUGGUGAUCUCCUACUACUAGACACGGAAGCCUGUUAAGCGAAAGCUUCUUCUAUUCCGUCCACAACCAUUUGAACCAUUUGAACCAUUCGCGGGUCUUGUGUAUUGGAUAUAGCAAACGUUUCAAGUACUGCGUUACCCAUACGGAUGUACUCCGAGCGUCUAAAAUAUUUAGAGCAUAAAUUAGUACAAGACGGGUCUGUGUCAAAUUCCUUUUUGAAUGGGGAACCAGUAGAAAAUUUUCAAGAACCCGUGGAUGUAAAGCCAGGUGUUCCUGAUAAUGACUUAAGUCCGGCCUUGGCUGGAAUAGGUAUUGGGGUUGCCAGGUUACUUUAAGCGAGUUUACUUAACAUCUUUUAGCAUGUUCUUAGAGGUCUUAUUAUCACAUCCAUUCAUUGUAAUAAGAAAUCAGUGUCAAGUUGUGGAAUCCAGUCUAUGUCUACAUUUAACCCCUUUCACCCUCAUACCUGUUGUUCGGAAGUGUAUACAAUCUCAAGGUCUAUCAUUUCUUUGGAAGGGGUUGGGCAGUGUGUUUAUCAUUCGUGGUUUAAACCUUAUGACUGAGAAUCUCGUUUGUGAACUUACACCAUUACCCAAGGAGGUCUCCAAAUUAAGUUCGUCCAGACGCCUUCUAGGUCAUCUUCUUCUUAAAGUUUGUUCAUGGGUUGUUCUCACCCCAUUUUUCGCAGCAAGCAUUGUUGAACUUAUCCAGUCUGAUAAAGCUUCUGAACCAACCACCCUUCUUUCUUGUGUACUCGAUGGUUUUUAUCGCUUAUUUCACAUGCCGUCAUCCCCAAGAUUAGGCUCACCAGGUUCAAUGUUUCGCAGUGGUCAUAUUAUCAAAAGCAUCCCGAUUGCGUCGUCACGUUUGCUGCCUGUUUGGCGUCUCUUUCCUCCUGUUGUUUUACUAAAUGUCGGUCAUUAUGUUGUUCGAUCGUUUGCAAACACUGUAGCUUUAUAUUAUUGGAGUGGUAAUGAGGAUCGUCUUGAACGAGAUGCGGAAAUAAACUUCAAUUAUAAGACUGAAGGUUUUAAUCGGAAUAAGUGUUCUCCUGGAUUUCCUACACCAAACAUACAUACAUCUAUUAGUGAGUGUCAUACAACGGAUAUGGAUACUUUAACUUACCAACGUCAGGACACCGCUUUACAGGCUAUUUAUGAUCGUUAUUAUGCCGACUUGUUCGCUGGGAUGACAGCUAAUUUUGUCGCAGAUGUUGUACUUUAUCCAGUAGAAACCCUAGUACUACGGUUAUGUGUUCAAGGCACUCGUACGCUGGUUGAUAAUAUGGAUACGGGUGAUGUAGUUGUUCCCAUUGUUUCUUCAUAUGAUGGAUUUUUUGAUGCACUUCGCUCUAGCUUGGGCUCGUCUGUUGGGAUUCUGGGUCUUUAUAAAGGUUUUGGUGCUCUUAUAGCUCAAUAUACCCUACAGGCACUGUUUAUUUUUGGGGUCCGUUGUUUGUAUGAACAUCUUCUUUGUCUUUGGGCUCCUCCACCUACUGAUAACAAAGUUUACUCAAAGUCAAGUUCCAGACCAAAUGUAUCUACCUCGUUUGAGGGCUUGGAGUCAGUUGCUGUUGGUGACUCUCCGUCUAUUGUUAAUAACUGGUAACUUCAUACGUGUUAUUGUUGUAUUAAUUUUGAUGAGUAAAAUUCGUCAUCGUUGUACAGUUUCAUGCUCAUACAUUCAAACAUCACAUUUACAUCCUAACUUCACCUACUGCCUAUUUUUUUCAUUUGUAUCAUUUCUUGGAGACUAUCUAGGCUAGAAAUAAGUUGGACGUAAUUAAAAAUGUAGACUUUCAAUAUUAGAAAAUCUUUUUUAUCUCUUUAACAAAAGGAAGCAGGAUAAAAUUUCCAAUUUUCAAUUUUCACUCAUCAUUUGUAAAUUGAUUUUUGAGAAUUAUCUGAUUGCUCAUUUUUAGAUUUUCACAUAUUAAACUGUAUUCAUGUGAAAUUAUUGUAUAUUUUCUGUUUCUGUUGUUGGUUUAAGCCAUUUAGAAAAUGAAGAAUUUAAUUUUUCUCGUUGCUCUUCUAAAUUACUGGGUCACAUGUGGUUACGUUAGAAUACGAUAAAAUGAUCCAAUAGGUUUAUUAGUUCUUAGUAGUGUCGGAAAUUUGGUACAUCAAUCAAUAUUAAGUUUGACUGGAAAAAAUUUUAUAUUCAAUUACUUCUUUAUUAAGAAAUUCGUCAUUUUACUCGCUUUUGAUGUAUUUGGUGUUGUAGACUACUCUUUAAUCAUUGUUAUAAUAUGUUUUGAAUAUGCUCUCAAUUUCCCUAAUUAUGUACACAACUAAACAUUUCUGUUAGAUGGGAAUAAAUGUGAAAGACGUCUUCCUUUCUAUUUCACUAGUUGUAUGAACUCUCAAUUACUCAUUCGGUAGAUUGUCUGAGUUAUUACAAUCGACUAUGCAGCUUCUGACUCUUGAUCUGAAUCAUGUGUGAAAUAUAGCCUUUUUGUCUUAGUUCAUCCUUGUAUAUGGAAC